AUGUGCGCGCCCGAGCGCCGGGCGAAGCUCCGCGGCUUCUUCCGCGCCUGCGCGGACCGCGCGCGGAUCCCGUGGCCCAGCGGCGCGAAGCGGCUGAACGCGGGGGCGCUGGCGGCGGCAGCGGUGCUUUGGGCGCUGCGCAGGCUUCUGGAGCUCUCGUCCUGCUGGCAGUGGGUGCUUUUCUGGCUGGUACUGGGAGGUCUGCACCUCGCUUGGGUGCACCUCACCUGCCUGCAGCUGAACAUGAGAUCGGACUACUUGGUGAGCUGGCUGCUUGUGUCCAUUGCUGGCCUCUACUACGACUUCCUGGUGCACGUGUGGCGCCGCCAAAGCUGGUUUCAGAUCUUGUGGUGCCACGCGCUACUGGCGGAAGUCUUGGCGAGCUUUUUGGCCGCCCUGCUGUUAAAGCCUAAGCAAGAGGACAGUGAGUCGAUGUGCCGAGUGUGCGGGCACAUUGUACCUGGCAGAGACCACCACUGCGUAUGGAUCAACCAGUGCGUGGGCUCUCACAAUCACCGGGCCUUUCUCUGCUUUCUGCUUGGCCUCACUGUGCUCAGCUGGUCCUAUGCCUGCAUGGUGCUGUCUGCGGAUUUGGAGUUCUGGACGGAGAUGCGGUGCCCGCCACCGGUCGACGGUGCCCUGUAUGCGGCCGCUGGCGGUAUCUUCACCUCGCUGCUGUUGCUCGGGCAGGUGAUCAGCAUAAGCACCAUGGCAUAG